UCAGAUGCGUUAGUUCCUUUCCCCGGAGUCCUGUCGCCUCUCACUAUCCAGCCUCUCCAUUGGCCAAAGCAAGCUGACCUCGGGGAAGAAGGGGCGCCUUGAUUGGCUAAGGCGCACUUCGGUUGGGUCGCCGGUUUCAGCGAAGUAUACAGUAUGUUCAUCUUGAUGCCUUGAUGUCAUACAAUGCCUGAUCAACCAAAGAAGGUGAAGACCUCAGAAAAGGCAACAGAUACCAAACCUCAAGGGGACCACUCUGGUCUUAAAAGGCUUCUCGCACUUCUAAAUGUCCAGUCAAGCAAGCAACAGCUGCCAGCCCUUCACUCUGAAUGUGCUAAUAAUAGCAUGACCGAGUGUGAGCAGUACUCUAGCAAUACGUGUGGAGAGAGAUGUAGAGGUCAAUGGCAAGAAUCAACUGAAGCUGUUGAACUGGAACACUUUAGUAUGAAUUACAAGAAUGAAAGAAAUUUUAGCCAACAUCCCCAGCAUGAGUUGUUUCAAGAGAUCUUCACAGCUUUGGUCAGGAACCGUCUUAUUUGCAGGGAAUGGGCUAACCGAGCUUCAUCUAUCCAUUUUCUGAGAGUUUUAAUUUGUGUCAGAUUGUUAAUGAGGGAUCCAUGCUAUCAGGAGGCUCUCUAUAACCUGGGAGGUAUUGACAGCUUGGCACAGUAUAUGGAUGCAGUAGCAAAUGACUAUCUUGGCUAUGGAGAGCAACAGCAUAAUAUAGACAAAUUGGUCAACAUGACAUAUAUUUUUCAAAAACUAUCAGCUAUUAAAGUUCAAAGAGAAUGGGUUAUAGCCAGUGGAGCACAUAAAACUUUAAUCAAUUUACUCGGAGCAAGAGAAAAUAAUGUACUGCUGGGUGCACUGCUUGCUCUUACGAGCUUGGCUGAAAGUCCUGAAUGCAGAGAAAAAAUAAGUGAGCUCAAUGUGGUGGAGAAUUUGCUGGUGAUAUUGCAUGAAUAUGACUUACUCUCUAAAAGGCUGACAGCAGAGUUGCUCCGCCUGCUCUGUAUAGAAUCCCAAGUCAAAGAGCAAGUCAGACUAUAUGAAGGUGUCCCCAUCCUGCUCAGUUUGCUCCAUUCAGAUCACAUAAAGCUACUAUGGAGCAUAGUUUGGAUUUUAGUCCAGAUUUGUGAAGAUCCUGAUACCAGUAUUGAAAUCCGUGUUUGGGGUGGUAUUAAGCAACUCCUUCAUAUUUUACAGGGAGAGCGAAAUCUAUUUUCAGAUCGUUCUUCCAUUGGAAGUUUAUCUAGUGCAAAUGCAGCAGGGAGAAUCCAACAGUUUCACUUCUCAGAAGAUUUAAGUCCUCAUGAGAUACAAGAAAAUAUGUUUUCUCUUCAAGCUGCUUGUUGUGCUGCAAUUACCGAACUGGUUCUUAAUGAUACCAAUGCUCACCAAGUAGUUCAGGAGAAUGGAGUCUAUACAAUAGCAAAGCUGAUUUUACCUCACCAACAAAGGAAUGUAGCAAAAGCUAAUUUAUUGCAGUGUUAUGCAUUCAGAGCUUUGAGAUUUCUUUUCAGUAUGGAAAGGAACAGGCAUCUCUUCAAAAGACUCUUCCCCACAGACUUAUUUGAGAGCUUCAUUGACAUCGGACAUUAUAUUCGUGAGAUUAGUGCUUACGAAGAGCUGGUAUUUAAGUUAAAUGCAUUGCUGGAGGAUGAAGUCAAUCAAAUUGCUGAAAAUAUUGAAAACAUUAAUCAGAAUAAAGCACCUACAAAAUACAUAGGCAAUUAUGCAAUUUUGGACCAUAUUGGCAGUGGAGGCUUUGGAAAUGUUUACAAGGUUAGAAAGCAUAGUGGCCAAAACCUUCUAGCAAUGAAAGAAAUCAGUUUACACAGUCCAGCAUUUGGAAAGGAUAAAAAAGACAGAGACAGCAGUGUGAAGAGCAUUGUUUCUGAAUUAACCAUAAUUAAAGAACAGCUUUAUCAUCCUAAUGUGGUACGAUAUUACAGAACGUUCUUAGAAAAUGACAAGCUGUACAUAGUCAUGGAGCUCAUAGAAGGGGCACCGCUGGGAGAACAUUUUCAUUCUUUGAAGGAAAAACAGCAACACUUUACAGAAGAAAGGAUAUGGAAUAUAUUCAUUCAACUCUGCUUAGCUCUUCGAUAUUUGCACAAAGAGAAGAGGAUUGUCCAUCGAGACCUCACUCCAAACAAUAUCAUGCUGGGAGAUAAGGAUAAAGUAACAAUCACUGACUUUGGUCUUGCAAAGCAAAAACAGGAAAACAGCAAGCUCACCUCCGUUGUUGGAACCAUUCUCUACUCCUGCCCUGAAGUUGUGAAGAGUGAGCCGUAUGGAGAGAAGGCUGAUGUCUGGGCUAUUGGAUGUGUCCUCUAUCAGAUGGCAACCCUUACCCCUCCAUUUUACAGCACCAACAUGCUCUCCCUAGCAACAAAAAUAGUAGAAGCUGAAUAUGAGCCAGUUCCAUAUGGUACCUACUCUGAAAAGGUAUCAGCUAUCAUUAAACAGUGUUUAAUCCCCGAUGCAGAGAACCGUCCCGAUAUAGUAGAGGUCAGUUCAAUGAUAUCUGAUGUUAUGAUGAAAUAUCUAGAUGGUUUAUCAACUACACAGCUCGUCUUGGAAAGGAAACUGGAACGUGAAAGAAGGCGUAGUCAAAGGUAUUUUAUGGAGGCCAAUAGGAAUGCAGUGACAUGUCACCAUCACCUUGCUGUAUUAUCUCAAGAACAUUAUGAAAAGUCAAGUCUCAGCAGUAGUAGCAGUGGAGCAGCCAGUUUAAAAAGUGAAAUUUUUGAAAACACUGAUCUGUCUGAAAACUUCCAUCAGUCUUUUGGAAAAGAUGAAGACAAAACAUGUGAUGAAACCCUGUCAGAUGAUAACGGCACUAUAGAUAACCCAGAAAAAGAUGUCUUCUCAGAAUUAGAUGAUGAACUGGAUGUAUCAGAUAAUUUCAGUAGCUCUAGUUCAAGUCCCCUCAAAGAGUCAGCAUUUGGUAUUAUAAAACGAAGCUACAGUGCUUCAGAAAGACAGCCUCAAGCAAGGGAUUUUAUUGGUAUCCCAGGAUCCAAACCCAGACCAGCUUUGCUGCCUCUUGAUCUGCUUGUGAAAGCACCUUCGCUCAUGUUCAGGGCCCACGUUAAGAACAUAGAGGACUCCUUAGUAACAGGGUGGAAAUCCCAUAGCCUUCCAGCUGUGAUUCUUCGCAAUCUGAAAGAUCAUGCAUCUGCAGGGAUUGCUGUGUCACAACGGAAGGUGCGUCAGAUCAGUGAUCCUAUUCAACAGAUUCUAAUUCAGCUGCACAAGAUCAUAUACAUCACUCAGCUUCCUCCAACUUUGCAUUGCAACUUGAAAAGAAGAGUCAUUGAGAGAUUCAAGAAAUCACUGUUCAGUCAGCAGAGCAAUCCAUGUUACUUGAAAGCAGAAAUAAAAAAGCUUCUCCAAGGUUCUCCAGAGGUGAUUGAACCUAACUUUUUGACAUCAGAUUGUCACCUGUUGCUUCACUCUUCAGCAGGAAGUACUUUGGUCUUGGACAACAGACAAGGUUUCCCUAGAACUUUUGACAUGAAUGAAGGAAUGACAUACGAACAAAUGCAGACUGUGAUUGAAGAGGUUCUGGAGGAAUGUGGUUAUUACAGUUUCGCUUCAAAUAGGUAUCAAUAUUAUCCAUGGGGAGCAAGGAAUCAUCCAGCCAGAAGAUGAGCACCUGGAAUUCUGACUAGAUUGGCAUAUUUUCUAAUGAGGUCUAAAUGCCUUGACUUCAGCUGUUACUGUCUUAUUGCCAAAGGGAAGCACUUUCUUCAGAUCACAAGAAAAGAAAUAUCAUUAUGUUUCAAGGAGCUUACAAUGAGUCAUUCAAACAGUAGAACUGAAGUACACAACUCUGACACUAGGUGAUGGCAGUGUAUUUUUCUCUGGCAAGAUACUUCUUUUGGUGCAGACUGUGGACAUUCUUCUGGAUAUCUGCAUUAAGAUGAGAACACAAUACUUCUAGUUAAUUCUUCUAUCUUUGGAAAGCACUGGUGAUUAUGCAGGAUUGUCGGAACUGUUUUAAUUUUUUAAAGAUUUGAUUAUAUCAGAGAUUUAUAUUCAUAUUAAGAGUAUUUUUUAAAAUGAGAAAAUAUCAGAAUUGGGUGAAGAAUGAAUAGUUACCAUCUUUGCUAGGUCCGAACUGGGAAUUGUCUCAAGCCCAUUUAGAACGCCCAUUAUUUCACAGUAAUUAUUUUAGAUAUAUGUAGCCUUUGGCUUAUGCGUGAUUUCUGCUUUAGACAGUAUUAACCAUUUGUGCAACCUCUAAUAAUUGUUUAGUGUUAGAAUAAUGCUUAGGCUAUUCAGAUUCUAUAAAUAUAUAAAUGGCAAUGUAUUAUGUAUAUAGGAAACUACUUAAGUGUAUAUUUGUAUGCAGUGUGAUUGAUAGACAGGUAGAUAGAUAGAUGAUCAAUAGAUAGAUAGACAGACACAUAUACAAAUAAAUAUAUAAGAGUGAUUUUUUAUUGCUAGAUUAGCACAUAAUGCACUUUGGAAAAACUAUAUUGAUUUUUACCAAAGCACUUUCCUCCUAAAUUUCAGCUACAGCGAAUAAAUGUAUAGCUGUCUAAAAUAAAAGUUAUACCAAAUGGAGUAGAUUUGAUAGUGAAUCUCCAAAUUCCAAUGGAUUUGGGAGGUUUUUUAUUUGGUUUUGUUUUGUUUUUAUACUUAUUUUCAUUUUAACUUUUGGUUCUUUUGGUAUGUAAGGAGACGUGACAUGCAGCAGCAUGUGAAUGGACUGUUGUUCAUACAGCAGGACUUUCCCUUCCUCUCCUCCCUGUCCCCACUUCCCUCACAAAGUGUUCCAAAGAAUCUCAUAAUCUUCCAAAGCAAUGUUCAGGACCUGGGAAGAGAAGGUAAAAAGUGUUCCACCAGUUGUAUCUAUUGGCAGAUGGACACUAUUUGAUUUCAUCCAUGGUUUAUAAUGUAUGUACUCAUGUUGUUUCUGAAGUACUAUAGAUUGUUUAUUGUAAACCAUCUGUAUUUCUAACAAACAUGUUACUAAUGCAGAGUGUAAUUUCACAGUUUAAGAGACAGUUAGAAUGUGUGGUAGAACUGAUACGUUCACAUUGCCCGCAUCUCAUUCUGGCUCUAUCCUCAUUGAUUGGCUUUCAGUGAAAGGAUAAUUUGAAAACUAGACAGUGGUACUGAAAGAACAACAUUAGCAAAUGUUUUUAGUUAAAUAUUUUAGCAAUGCUUUAUGCUUUCCACCAAUGAUAUGUUCCAGCGGUGUUUGCUGGGUAGGUAUAUAUAGUGUGGAGAGAAAAUACACAUCCCAAAUCACUCAGUGGAACCUCCUGAACACAGUAAUCAGCCAGGCAAGUGCAUGUCCAUUUUAAUUUUGGAGCUUCAAAUCUCCUGCUGAUCCUUGGCAUCUAUAUGACUCAUGGAUGAUAAACAGUUCUGCCAAAAUAACAAUGGACAGCACAUUUCAUAUAGAGACCCUUGAAUGUUCUGAUGAAUGCUAGUUAAUAGUAGCACAUGAGGUUCAUUGGGAAUAAUAAUAACAGUAUUGUUGCAUAUCGGCCAACAAUUGUCUGGAUCCCAAGAACCAUGGGCAGAAUUUUUCUCACACAAAAGCACUUUCCACACAAUAGCAUUUUCACACUUUUGUAAAAGCUGUUACUGAGGAUUACAGAAAUAAACCUUCCAAGCAACAUGUAGUAUAGAAUGGGAUACAUUAAUUGGGGUAGAGGGAAUAAGAAUUUAGUCACAUAAGAAACCUACUGGAAAAUCACACACAGAUAGACACACCAAUAUGUAGACACUUUCCCAUGAGUUGGAGCUAAACUGACACAGAGAUGCCUCUGUUGUUUUCCAACAUCUGUACCGCAGCAAGAUAUAUUGUUUCAGUUCUAAGAAAACACAUGGCAGACCAUAAAUGUGGUAUCAUACCAUUGUUGAUACCACAAGCAACCUAGGAACUUUUACAUGUAUAAUUGGACUACUGAUUCAUAUUGCUAUGAAUAUCUGCAGACCAAAUGUUUGUACAAUGAAACUGAAUUUGAAAGUAUUAUCUGUAAUGCUCUAUUAAAUUGUGAAAUAGGAACUAUUCUGAAGUGUGAUUACACAUUUUGAAAUUACAGAUAAUA